AUGCUUGAAAUGAAAAGAGAUGGUGGUUGGGGAUGGCUCGUUCUAGUUUUUGUGCUGUGUUGUCAGACAAUCGUUGGUGGUUUCUGCUUGUCUGGUGGACUUUUCUAUAUUAUCUACAUGGAUAUAUUUAACUCUGAUCCCGUAGAAAUUGCUUGGCUUUGUUCCUUACCAGUUGCACUUUGGUAUUUUACAAGCCCAGUUGGGAGUUUCUUCAUCAAAAGAUACGGUUGUCGUACAUGUGCGGUUAUAGGUGGUUUGACAGCAGCAGUUGGUAUAAGCUUAAGUUACUUUGCUAAUAGCACUGGCUACCUCUUCUUUUCUCAUGGACUUCUUACAGGUUUUGGUCUUGGUGUAAGUAACACGGCUGGCAUGGAGGUAUUGAACAUUUACUUUGACAAAUUUAAAACGCUGGCAACGGGGCUAGCUUCUAUUGGUCAAAAUACAGGUCUAGUUAUAUAUGCAAGGCUUGUCAUAUAUCUCGAAGAAUCGUAUGCUGGACUGACUGGGUUUUUCGUUUGUGUGACUGGAGCAUUGCUUCAGGCGGUUAUUUAUAGAAUUGUAAGGUUUGAAAGAUAUGCUGAUGGACUUGGGUUGUCACUUCCUUUCAAAGCAGUUGGAAAUCUUAUUGGUGGUCCUCUGGCAGGAUUUAUGUUUACCACGACGGGGGAUUAUACAUUUUCCUUUUAUGUAUCUGGUGCCUGCAUGGUUAUAGCAUCCCUGCUGAUGAUUCAGCCCGUGUUACACCAUAGAUGUAAAGAGACAAAGCCACCAGAAACCAAGGUUUUAUACACAGUAUGCGAAACAGAUACUGACGGAGUAACGACUACCCACGAUAUGUACGGGAAUAAAAGAAGAGGACAAAUUACAUAG